AUGUUUGCAGAUCGCAACAUGGAGCUGCGAAUGUCAACAUACCUCUUCUGCUGCGCGUUGAUCUCGCCCCCUCCUCCCUCAGACCUCCUAUCAAAUUACUUCACCAAGUCGCCCAAGAUCACAGAGCACGGCCCUGAGUGGUCACGCUCGCGGCUGCCUUUCCUAGCCAAGACAUUCUCUGGCAAAGAUGGCUGCGAGGAGUACUUCAAGCUGAUGACUGAUGUGCUGGACAUGGCCUUGCCGAAUGAUGCGUUCCCGCGAGACAGCGGGUUCAUUGUGGAUGCAGAUGCUGGGAUGGUGAGUGUUGUUGGCAAAGGAAGGUUUACGAGUAAGAAGACGGGCAAGGGAUGGGAUGAGCAGUUCAUCUAUCGGUUCAGUGGGUUUAAUCAUGAGGGGAAGAUAGGGCAUUGGGAGAUUUGGGCGGAUCCUUUGAGUGCUUGGGAGGCUGUUGGGGAGUGA